GGCACUUGGUGCAGUCACACGGAGCGCUUCAGUUCACGUCAGUUGUGCGCCGAUCGUUGUUGCGGGAAGUUCGCGCGUGGCGCGUGAUUGCGAUCUCUCGUCCAGGCCGUCCGUCGUGCGAUAACCACGUGCGCUCCGCUUGCGAUAUCUAUCGUGAAUUCCGCUCCACGAUACGUUGUAUACGCUCCUUCUUCGCGCACGCGCCACAGCCAUGGAUCUACCGGUAUAUCGGAGAGACGAAGGAGAGCGAGGGAAUUAAUAUCAAUGAGACGCGUUUGACAAUAGCAAUUGUUCAACAUUAAAUCACCGGAUGAUGCAACCCGAUGGCCGGACGUUCUCUUUCACUCUUCGAUUUCCAAUACAUCUGUGACUCGAAUUAAGCUAGUCGUUGAAGUAUUCUGUCUGAACGGUUGAAUAUAAAUCGAAAAUUUCAAGUACCAAGAGUGAAACCGGAUGAACAGCUGGACAGUGCCAUUGACCGUGUACCCUCGAUAUACAUAUAUAAAAAGAAAGGACAUAACGGCAUCUCGAGGCUGAUCGAGAAAUAAUACUUAAAGACGGAAGAGUCUUUAUGGAGUCUGCUAUUAUGUCAAAUUGUAAUAGAUAUAAUUUGUCGGGGUGAGACAAAAAGUUUGUUGCCGGAAGUCGGAAAAUUGAUGUCAUAAGCGUUACGCGAUAAUUGAGGACCGAAUCGCGGACGCGUCGCAACCGAAGGCUAUAAGAAUGCCAGGAUCGUCGGAGGGCGAGAGCGGGCAGGAGGCGCAAGACGAGCCGUUUUUCAGCAUCCUUGACAUACUGUUGGUCGCCAGUCUCUUCCUAGCGGCGGCAUGGUGGCUCCUGAAGAGAAGAAAGCGGGAGGAACUCUCGCCCGCGCCGAAGUCCUACUCUAUCCAACCGACGUCGUUCGCCGCGGCACCACCGUCGGAGAACUCCUUCAUCAAGAAGCUGAAGACCUCCGGGAGAAGUCUGGUGGUGUUCUACGGCAGCCAGACGGGUACUGCCGAAGAAUUUGCUGGUCGUCUCGCCAAGGAGGGUAUCAGAUACAAGAUGAAGGGCAUGGUGGCCGAUCCCGAGGAGUGCGACAUGGAGGAGCUGAUACAUCUGAAAACUAUUCCAAACAGUUUGGCGGUGUUUUGCUUGGCCACGUACGGAGAGGGCGAUCCCACCGACAACGCGAUGGAAUUUAUUGAUUGGCUUAAGACCGGCGACGGUGAUCUCACAGGAUUAAAUUAUGCGGUAUUCGGCCUAGGUAACAAGACCUACGAACACUAUAAUGAGAUUGGCAUAUAUGUGGAUCAUAGACUGGAACAGCUGGGCGCUACGCGUGUUUGUGAGCUGGGUCUCGGGGAUGAUGAUGCAAACAUAGAGGAUGACUUCAUCACAUGGAAGGACAAAUUUUGGCCGGCCGUGUGUGAGUUCUUUGGCAUCGAGGGAGCUGGCGAGGAUGUCAGUAUUCGACAGUACAAACUCACGGAACACGUGGACCUGCCGACCGAGCGCAUCUACACCGGAGAGAUCGCUCGUCUUCAUUCCUUCACGAACCAGAGAACACCGUACGAUGCGAAAAAUCCAUUCUUGGCUCCUGUGAAAGUGAAUCGCGAGCUACAUGGCCCAACGUCCGAGAGAUCGUGCAUGCACAUAGAGUUCAACAUCGAAAGCUCCAAGAUGCGUUACGAGACGGGCGAUCAUUUGGCCGUCUAUCCCGUGAACAACGCGGAGUUGGUGAAUAAAAUCGGCGAGCAGUGCGGCGCGAAUUUGGAUACUGUUUUCACUCUAACGAAUACAGACGAGGAAUCCACGAAGAAGCAUCCGUUCCCUUGCCCUUGCAGCUACAGGACAGCCUUGACACAUUACGUGGACAUUACGAGUAACCCGCGCACGCACAUUCUCAAGGAGUUAGCGGAGUACACGACCGAUCCCGCGGACAAGGAGAAGCUGAAGCUGAUGGCGUCGACCAGCGCGGAGGGCAAAGCGGCCUAUCAGCAAUGGAUCAUUCAAGAAAAUCGCAAUAUUGUGCACAUCUUAGAGGAUAUUCCCAGUUUGAAGCCACCGCUAGAUCAUCUGUGCGAGAUUUUGCCACGAUUACAGUGCCGCUACUAUUCGAUAUCUUCGUCUCCGAAGAUUCAUCCAACCUCGAUCCAUAUUACGGCGGUAGUGGUGGAAUACAAAACUCCGACUGGCAGAAUAAACAAGGGCGUGACGACCACUUGGUUGAAGGAGAAACAUCCCACCGAUCCGCCCUGCCUCGUCCCGAUUUUCGUGAGGAAGUCCCAGUUCCGUUUGCCGACGCGCCCAAGCACUCCUAUCAUCAUGGUUGGCCCGGGAACCGGUCUAGCGCCGUUCAGAGGCUUCAUACAGGAACGAAGCUUCGCGAGGAAGGAAGGUAAAGAGACAGGCGACACGAUACUGUACUUUGGAUGCAGAAAAAGCCAAGAGGACUAUCUAUAUCGUGAGGAGUUAGAUGGAUACGUGAAGGACGGCACUUUAACAUUGCACGUCGCGUUCAGCCGGGAGCAAUCGCACAAAGUCUACGUCACGCAUUUGCUCGAGAAGAACAAGGAGGAAUUAUGGCGUGUCAUCGGCGAGCAAAACGGACAUAUUUACGUUUGCGGGGAUGCAAGAAACAUGGCCCGUGACGUGCACAAUAUAUUGCUCAAAGUGGUGAUGGAACGUGGCAACAUGUCGGAACUUGACGCUGCAAAUUAUAUCAAGAAGAUGGAGUCGCAGAAGCGAUACUCUAGUGACGUUUGGAGUUGAGCCAUAUUAAUUGUAUCAUAGAGAAAUAUACAGAAACAUUUUUUUUAAGUGCGAGGGCCAGAGAGCUUGAUGCUUGAUUCAUUGAAGCGACGAAAACGGUCGUUAGUAAUGACAAUCAGUCAAAUCACCUAUUUCAUUCUAUUCUUCAUUCUCAUUCGGUGAGUUUCCAUUUCAUUAUUAUGUCUUGCUGAAUAGAAUACCUAUAGUUGAAUUAUGUUCCACAGUCAGAGCCGACAUUAUGCAUACAGAGUCCUCUUUAAAGUUUGCGCAUAGUAUUUAAAUAUAUUCGAUUUAGUUUUUGUAUUUUGGUUUUCGAUGAAAGACACUGAUUUUAAAUUAGGGGAAAAAAAAACUUUAAAAACUGCUCAUUAAUGUGCAGUUUUUCUUAAUACACACACCACUUAUCUUGCUUGUGUGUGCUAUCGCACACAAUGUAAGUAAAUACAUACAUGACAAUUACAGAUUAUCUUGUGCUUAGUAAGGGCAUUCGUUAACCUUUCGCUAACGGGAAUUUUCCGCUAUCACAGGAAGCCUUGAAACGUCGAGCUUAUCGAGUUUUUGCGUUCACAGUGUUGGUCUCUGCCUGUCUCGUCAAGAAUGUUAGUUUACGAACUAAUUACGAAAAAUUACUUCACAAAUAAUUUUAUAAACUCACAAUGAUCUUUCUCAAAUGUAAGAUUAUUUAAAACGGACUCUACAUAUUUUAUAUUAUUCUAUGAACAAUAAGACGAGAUUCGCGUCGUCUCUGCUGAUGUUUGAAUACUUUAACAAAUCUUUCAAAUGUGUCGUUUAAUAAAACAUUAAUUGUGUCGGCUCUGUCGGUCACCGUGAUAUAACAAGUAAUGUCUCUGUCGCGCAAAUUGUACAAAAACAGUUUCAUUAAAAUUCAGCCGUUUCUCAUUAUCAUCCGCGAUCGUACGAUCACAAUGCGCCAAUCUAGUUAAAUGUUAAGCGUCUCAUCGGAUAUAGGCGAAUGCAUGUCUUAACGUAUAUAAUUUCUUUUUGUAUAAGAUCAGUAUAUAGUCAAUGUGAAUUGUUAUGCAAAAAGACUUUGCAAUUGUUGAGUUUUACGCACGAAACAUAUUCGAGAAAUAGUAUCUUGCUCUCGUUAAUGAUUACACAAAGUAUAUAUUUUCUACAGGUACAAUUGGUAUGUGUCAAUUGGUGAUAUUAGUAUACAAAUAGUGAAAUCUUAGAGCAGCUUUAUUCCAGUGUUAAAAAAAAACGCCUUUUUACCCUAAGCUCGUGCGUGUGAACCAAAGCGAUUUAGUGAAACUUAAGCUUAAAACAAAAACAAAAAAAACAAGACCUGUUGCAAGUGAAUGUCAAUUCGAAUUCAAUCUAAUGUUCACUCCAUUGCAGUCACUGCAGCAUAUAGCAUAUGAAUUAAAAUAGUUAUCGCGCGCACACUGAUUUCAGAAUCAAUACUGAAAUUGUUAAUUUAGCCUUCCUGUUUCUAUUUGGAAUUGAAAUUAAUUAUAAUGUUGAACUGUCGAUAUUAUUGGAGUUGUUAUCGAUGCACAAUUAAUUGUAAUAAAUUAGGUCAACAGUUGUGAAUGAGGUAAUUGCCGCUUAUUCACAUACAGCGUUUUUUAAUCCGGAGAUGUCGGGUAUAGAUGCGAAGCUAUGUCUCAUGGCGAAUUGUACAAUGAAUUAUAACUAUAGUUAUAUUUUUACACGAUGCAUAUAGGGAUGGUGGAAUAAAGAUCUUUUGAUCGA